AUGAAGCUUGCUAAACAACGAAUCGCGUUUUUGGGUUGUACAAACGCUUCAUGCUUACACAAAAUCAAACCAUUAGUCAUAGGAAAAGCCAAAAAUCUCAGAUCCUUCAAGAACUUCAACAAUCCCCUCGUUUAUAGAAACAGUAAAAAUGCAUGGAUGACAGGUGAAUUGUUCAAAAACUGUUUUUUCCAGCAGUUUGUUCCUGAGGUUAAGAGUUUUUUGAAAAUUCAAAAUCUUCCAGAAAAAGCUGUUACUUCUGGACAAUGCACCGUCUCAUCCACCGGCUGAGGAAUUGAGAACUA